GUUAGGAAUUCAGCAGUGAGAACGCUUUUUCAGACUCUUGGUAGUCAUGGACAGAAACUUUCUGAAAGUAUGUGGGAGGAUUGCCUUCGGACAUAUGUUUUCCCUACUUUGGACCGCGCUUCUCACAUGGCCGCAGCCUCAUCAAAAGAUGAAUGGCAAGGGAAAGAACUUGGAACUCGUGGAGGGAAAGCAGUCCACAUGCUCAUUCAUCAUAGUCGUAACACAGCUCAAAAACAGUGGGAUGAAACACUUGUACUUAUACUUGGUGGAAUAGCUCGUAUUCUACGCUCUUUCUUUCCUUUCCUCAGAAGCUUAAGCAGUUUCAAAUCAGGGUGGGAAUCUUUGCUUCUAUUUGUGGAAAAUAGCAUUCUAAAAGGUAGUAAAGAGGUUGCUCUUGCGGCAAUAAACUGUUUGCAAAUAACUGUCGUUUCUCAUGCUUCCAAGGGAAACUUACCACUGGCAUGCCUUACAUCAGUACUUAACGUUUACAAGCAUGCUCUUCAGAAGUCAACAAACUAUGGUGGCAAUGCAGCUAGCAACAAGGUGAAGCAGGAGAUUUUACACGGUCUUG